UUUCAUGUGUUGUACGUCGUGCUCGGUGGAGGUCACAGACGUCUGCGUAAUAUUGAGAUUGCUGUCAUGGCCAAGCUGUUUGAGUCUAUUGGGAAAUUGGGACUGGCCCUUGCCAUUGGCGGAGGUGUAGUUAACUCUGCGCUUUUCAAUGUUGAUGCAGGGCACCGGGCUGUGAUAUUCGACCGGUUUAGAGGAGUGCAAGAUGCUGUUGUUGGGGAAGGGACUCAUUUUCUUAUUCCCUGGGUUCAGAAACCUAUCAUCUUCGAUUGCCGUUCCCGUCCACGCAACGUGCCUGUCAUCACAGGCAGUAAAGAUCUGCAGAAUGUAAACAUCACAUUGCGAAUCCUCUUCCGGCCGAUGACUGGCCAACUACCACGCAUCUUCACCAGUAUUGGCGAGGACUAUGAUGAAAGGGUGCUGCCAUCCAUCACCACAGAGGUCUUAAAGGCUGUAGUGGCACGUUUUGAUGCUGGUGAGCUCAUCACCCAGAGAGAGCUUGUGUCCAGGCAGGUUAGCGAGGAUCUUACAGAAAGAGCCUCUACCUUUGGUCUUAUCUUGGAUGACGUUUCACUGACACACUUGACUUUUGGCAAAGAGUUCACAGAAGCUGUUGAGAUGAAGCAGGUGGCUCAGCAGGAGGCUGAGAGGGCCCGUUUCAUUGUAGAAAAGGCAGAGCAACAGAAGCAGGCAGCCAUCAUCUCAGCAGAGGGUGAUUCCCAGGCUGCUUUGCUCAUUGCCAACUCCCUGAUGGAAGCUGGUGAUGGUCUGGUAGAGCUGCGUAAGCUUGAGGCAGCCGAGGACAUCGCUUUCCAGCUCUCACGCUCCCGUAAUGUCACUUACCUGCCUUCAGGACAGGGCACGUUGCUACAGUUGCCGCAGUGAUAAGGUUUGACCUCAUGUCCAGCCCACUCUCGCUGUCACCAGCCUUCGCAGGCUCAGAAAGGGUUGGUUGGAUGGUUUAAUAAAGGACUCCCAACUUAUCACACAUUCUUUACACUCUUUCUCUAACCAUCAUUGGACUGGGCUCUGCUGACAGCGGCAUUGGUGGGAGACAAAGUGAGAGGUCUAUAUGGAAGCAUAUGUGAAGUCCACCAUGUGUGAGAAAGUGGAGGGUAAUAUAUAUAAAUAUAUAGUUCUUUGUAUGAAAUGAAUUGACAAUGCAGUAAAUUCUCUUGAGAUAUGUCUUUGCUUCAUUGUUUCAGAAUCACAGCACUGCAUGUGAUAAAAUCUGAGAGAUUUUUCAUCAAAUGAGAAUCAUUAAGAUAAGAUGUUUGUCAGCAAUGUCGAUAACACUCAUCACUGUUAUGUAUGGGUGGUAAAGUUUUGACCAAAAUGUGUAUCUAUGUAUAUCGGCCCUUGAUGAUGACUCCUUUGGAUUCACUGAGAUGACUAAUUCAUUUGACUUAAAUUCUCUGAGUGUUCACAUUGAAAAGAAGGAUUCAAUUUCUGGAUUAUCUGCUCUCUAGCUAAUUAUUCUUUCUUUGUAUGUUACAACCCCAAAUCAAUAGGAAUGUGCCUGUCCGUAGAGGAUGUUCCUUCAUUCUUUACAGUUGUUGCUGUGUCUUUAGUCUGUUUGGAGCAAAGUGUAUGUAUCAGAAAAGGCCUGGCUCAAUAAUAAAAUUGUCUUUCUAA